UCUAUACCUAUCAACUUUAUAACCAACAAAUUUUAUUUGUUGUCAUUAGGAUGUCAAAAAGAUAAGAACUUUACUAGAAAUUGAGAAUGUAGUCCUGUUUUUUUAACGCUUUAAAGUAGGUUUUACGUUUUAGUUUUUCAGAUAUUUUCCAAUAAUUUCAACUGAUAAAAAUGGAAAUUGGUACCUUUACUAAUCCAUUAAUUAAAAAAACAAUUAUCCAUGCAGGAAAAGAUUUCAAAAAAAUUUUGCCAGGAACAAAAGUCAGAUUUCAUUUUAUUACUCGAAAAUGUGAUGACAAUCAAACCGUCAUCGAUGAUAGCAGAAAGAUGAGCAAACCAAUGGAAUUGAUCAUUGGCAAACAGUUUAAACUUGAAGUUUGGGAAACAAUUGUUCAAGCUAUGGCACUAAAUGAAGUAGCUUCAUUUGUAGUGGAUAAAAGUCUAGUUCAUGCAUAUCCAUUGGUUUCUAGAACCUUAAGGGAUGCACAACAUCCUGAAAAAGCACGUUCGAGGCAUUGUUGUGGCCACAUGUUACAAAGCUAUGGCUUAGAGCAUGAGGAUCUCAAUUCAUUAUUGACAAAUCCUUGUGAUCUUGAAUUCAUCAUUGAACUGCUUCAAGUUGAGAAUGCUGGUGAAUACGAACAAGAAACAUGGCAGCUAAAUGAAAAGGAACGGUUAAAUGAAGUUCCAAAACUUAGAGAAGAGGGUAAUGCAUUUUUUAAAAAUGGUGACUAUACCGAAGCAGUUCAGAAAUAUUCAAGAGCUAUUGGUUUCUUAGAUCAGUUAAUGCUUUGUGAGAAACCUGGAGAACCUGAAUGGAAAAGUCUUCAAGACCAAAAAAUGGCUAUUUUACUAAAUUAUGCUCAGUGUAAAUUGGUUCUUAAAGAGUACUAUGAAGUAAUUGAGCAUUGUACUACCGUACUUCAAUAUGACCAAGGUAAUGUUAAAGCUUUGUACCGUCGAGCAAAAGCAUACACCAGUACGUGGAAUGUUUCUGAAGCCAAAGCCGACUUGGAAGCAUUGGAGAAAAAUGAUCCAUCCAUGAAAAAUUACGUACAACAACAGCUUUUAAUUCUAUCUAAAAUUGACAAAGAAAAAGACUCAGAAUUGAAAGAAAACAUAAAAGGAAAGCUGUUUAAUUAAUCCGAAUAUCUUGUUCAGUUUUUGAAGAUUUCUUUUUUUUAUAAAUAAUGAGGUGAGAAAUAACUUAUUUGUAUUAUGAUGGACAUAUAAUCAAUCUGUAAUUGGUACAUUACUGAAAAUGUAUUAAAAAGUUCUGUAUUUAUUUUUUUUUUUAAUUAUAGGUUUUAUUUUAUCUGUUUUAUCCCACUUAAAUUAUUUCACUAAGCUCUGAAAUCAUUGUUGUGCCAAAUAUAAGGUCUUUUACUCAAAUUUUAUGAAUAGGGUAUCAUUGGAUUCAGAAUUUCAUGAAGACUUCAAAACUGGGACAGUGACAAGUUAAUGGAUCAAGACAAGACAAAUGUUUUUGAAGAUUUUGACAAGGGCAUCAAAGAACUGUUAAUGUUCC